CCUCCUCCUCCUCUUCUUCCUCAGCGUGCAGCAGCAGCAGCAGCAGCAGGAGUAGCACCAGCAGCAUGAUGCGAUCUAUCCUCCCAGUUUUGGCGCUGACAGCGGUCUGCAACGGCAUCCUUCCCGAGAUAUCAGAGUCGGGGAUCAAUCACAUCGUGGAGGGACCGUCGGAGCUGGACCGCGUCUUUGUCAACCAACUGCUGGAGGAAGAUCCGCAGCAAAAGGCUGACGACGCGCCUCCCCAGGCAAACAACAGUGUCAGCCCUCAUCCCAGUGACCUUCCUCAGAGUCAUCCCAAUGAGACUGAUAAUGUGACUGAUGAGCACUCUGUGCCAUCCUCUGCAGGACAGGAGACAAACAACAUUACUGCUCCGACUGCCCCAGCCGAUGACCUGGAUAACGACAUCGAUCAAGGAUGCGUCACGAAUGACGACUGUGGGAAAGGAAGGUAUUGCCUCUCUGACACCCAUAAGUCCAAGUGUCGGCCGUGUAAAGACACCGAUAUGUCUUGUACUAAAGACGAGGAGUGCUGCGGUGACCAGAUGUGUGUGUGGGGUCAGUGCACCCAAAAUGCCACCAAAGGAGAAGCUGGCAGCACUUGUCAUUACCAGACUGACUGUAGGCCGGAUCUUUGCUGUGCUCUUCAUAAAACCCUGCUCUUCCCUGUCUGUUCGGCCAAGCCGAUUGAACGCGAACGCUGCUUUGGCGUCUCCAACAACCUGAUGGAGCUGCUCUCCUGGGACGCCCAGGACAAUAAACCCAGGAGACACUGUCCAUGUGCAGGAGAUCUUCAGUGCCAGCACCUGGGGCGAGGGUCCAUGUGCCUGAAAGCAGAGGACUCAAGCGAAGAGGACCUGACGGACUCUCUGUACUCGGAAAUCGACUACAUCCUUUAGGCAAAGCUCGACUGAGUUCACACCCUCAUAAACAGCAUGAGAGCCUCUGGAGGUUUUUUAGAGAGAAAAUAAUAGAUGGUAUGGAGUGAUAAUCACAGAAUGUAUGGCUUUCAUUUUUUAAUUUCUUUGAGGUGUAAUUAACACAAGUCAGUGUUGUUAAAUCAUAUCAUUUCUGCCACGUGACACAAACUUUAGUCACAGCUGUGAGUCUGAAGAGUCUAAACUCUGUUCAAUAUAAACAGGAAAAAAAAGAUAUUCAGUAACAUUAUUAUGUCACGGUAACAUAAUUAAUGUCACGGUUAGCGUGUGUAAUUUAUGUUCUUCUAGGGACAUUUAGAUGAACUCCCCCAAAUUCCCAAUAUAUGGUUGCAUUUUUUUAUCAGAAGAGAUUCCUUUAUUUUACCCGUCAUUAUUCAUAGCAUUCCUGUUCAUUUUUAUUUAUUAAAAACGAAUAUAUAAAUUCUUAUUUUUUCUAAAUCAGGCAAAAGGUCCUCAGUUUACUACUGGGGUUCUAUCUACUUACAUUUUAGAGCUGUUUGUGUCCUCUGGUUUCAGUAGUCUACUGCACCCACCCUGCAUGUCAAAUAGCCUCAAAUGCAUCAUUUUGUGGCAUCAGUAUUUGUUUUUGAUGUGUUUAUAUGUUUUGUUUUUCUAGGUUUUUUUAAUUAGUAAAUGCCUCAACUUUAGGUAUUCAAAAAGUCUCUCUUAGUGAAGUUCAGGUGUGGGGAGUUUCAGAGUUCACCCUCUUAAUGGUAUCUUUUAGCCAACUCAUGAUCAAUUGCUCCAUCAUGUGGAAAAUACAUAAAUCAUUCUUAAAAUAUAACUGAAUUGUUAAAAGAAAAUGUUGCUGGAGGAUGUUUUGAGCCCACUCCUUUUACAGAGCAGUGCAUUUUAAGGAUUUUCCUUUGGAAAAGGCAGCAAGCCAAGCACACAUAAUUGUGUCGGGAUCCUAUAUUCUCACAACUCACAGUAACACUAACAUUUUCUUCUCCAUAAUCCUUUUCUGCUUUUUUUUUUUUUUUUUUUGCUGUCUGUAGUCGAUGCCUUUCUUAGAAAAAUGUGGCGACAUCUUUGUUGUCACAUGGCUGCUACUUUAUGUUAAACAAGCUCUGCGCUGGUGGUAGCCUACUCUGGUAUUCUGACCAUUUCUCUGUUGCAAAUCAAUACGUGUGAGGUUCUUUAUAUGGUCCGGAGAACUGCUCCGUCAGGUGCAAUAUCUUAGCAUAUGAGGUCGUUCUGAUGCAAAGAGAUGUUUUCACAUUUGCCUUGGAGGCAACCAUUGCUCAAACAUGAGUCUUUAUAGUAACCAGUAUGCUAUUUAUAAAGUGAUUUUAGCCAGACCCUUUUCACAGCUUUAACUGUGCUUAUGGCAAUACUGAAAUAAAGACAGCUUAUAAUCUUCAUGCAAGGACAAAACUGCAGGGAUUUUUUUCUGCUGUAGACUUAAAAUUAAUUAUGUAUAAAAUAAGAGCAACAUGAAACGUUACCAUAUAAUCUGUAACAUAUUUGUGUUGCUGCUAAAGUGUUUGUCUAAGGAUGACAUUUAAAUCCCCCGAACAGAAACACUUUUGCCGUUAUGAAUACAUCACUGCGUACUAAGGGAUGUUUUCUCAUAUUUUUUGCCUUGAAAGACUGAGUUUUCCCCACAUACACUUUUAUUCAUAUACCUUGACAUAUUAAAAAUGCUGAUUUCCUUAGUUUUAAUACACAAAAGUUUAUUAAAUUUGUUCUUUCCAAUUAUA